AUGAAGCUUGGAUAUUGGGAUGUCCCUCUGAGUGCUAGGGUUGAUGAUGAACUUGAUACCAGCAUUGUUCCUGCGUUCGAUUUGACGCUCAUUCGACUUUAUGUUGCCCUCAAUAUCAUAGGGCUUGUGGGGAUGAUAUUGAUGGUCAUGACGGCGUCCAUCUCUCGGAAAGUCAAGCGUCUGUCAACGUGGUACAGCUUCUGCGUGUCAUGGAUUCUAUCCUGUUCCUCGUACCUUUUGCUGUUUUUGACGGGCCAGCAGACAAGCUUGAAUCCGGUUUAUUGGCUUCUUUUGGGGCCUUAUUCUAUUUUGCUUGUGAUAUUUAUUGGCGUAGCUGUGUACACGAAUCGUAGUCCAGGUACGCUGCAGAAAGUCAGUUGGGGAACGUAUUGCCGCUCAACCAAUCCCGAUUGGGCACGGAUAUCUUGGAUUGUUGUGGCUGUAGUAUCAAUGGCAAUAAUUGUUGUUCAAGGUCAACUGGCUGCACGCCUGUACUCAAAUUUUCACUCCAUCCGACGAGGCUCGCAGUCGUUCGCUACGAUGCUGCGUGGAAUGCUUUUCACAUUGAUUGGGUUCAUUAACCUUGUAGUUGCCAUGGUACUCGUCGUCACAAACGUACAUGACCUGACAUUUGAUAUCAUUAUCUCACUGUUUCCUAUCCUGGGCUUGAUUGUAUUUGGGUCACAAAUGGUCAGACUUGCUUACGUCCUGGAUCUUCUGGAAAAGGUCCUUGUACAGCGAGAAAGACAAAGCUUUGUGUUCACCACAUCAAAAAGUUUGAUUGACCAAGGGCCAGACCUUUCAUGA